CAAGCAUGGACGAAGGUCCAAGCAACAGAGGCAAGAGAAGCAGCGGCGGCGAGAAGGAGGAGGAGGUGAAGUACCGGGGCGUGAGGAAGCGGCAGUGGGGUAAGUACGCGGCGGAGAUACGCGACACCUCGAGGCAGGGCGCGAGGGUUUGGCUGGGCACGUUUAACACGGCUGAGGAGGCCGCGAGGGCCUAUGACCGGGCGGCCUACGACAUGAGGGGCCAUUUGGCGAUCCUCAACUUCCCCGAGGAGUACAACUUGCCCAGCAGCUCCUCCCACUUUGCUGCCCCGGGCGGUGGCUCGCAGCAGGGAAGGCAGGUGUUCGAGUUCGAGUACUACGACGAUACACUCCUUGAUGAGCUUCUCGAUGAUAAAAAACAUAAGAAAUGACUAGGUUUUGAUUUUGCAUUUCGUUCCCUAAUUGCGAGUGGCCUUUGUAAUAAUAUAACAAGCUAGGGUGAAUAAAAUGGAAAUUUAUGAGAGAGAGACAGAGAGAGAUUGGUGUGUAGCAUUUCUAAUGGAGUGCAUGCAUAUGCAUUCUUGUGUGGUUGAUUGAUUUUAUGCAUGGAAAUUUAUUGUGCUA